AUGGGCAGCUGGACGGCGUUUCUCUUGACCUACCUUUUGGGUGGUGUCACAUUCAUACCCGUGGUGCUGGCCGUAGCUUGGUUCGCACUACCGCAGGUACUCAGCGAGCCCCUCGAAGAGCAGCGCAGCAAGGACAGCCAUGCCGACGAUAUCGUACAACCUGGCGACAUCACCAAAGAUCUGGACGAAGUCCGCAAGGCAGACAAGGGCGGCGACUCGAAACCCCGCUAUGCAGACACCACCGACGUGGCCGCCGGCUACUUUGCCGUGUGUCGAGAGUACACGCCCAUGGGUAUUAACGCGAAGCCCAUCGAGCGGGCGACCCCCGUCGGCUCGGCCACCGUAGCCGCUCCGAGCCAGAGCGUGUACCAGGCCAUGUACCGCAGCAUCUUUGAUCGGAAGCAGGGCGCCAAUCCCUUGGAGAACAGCAACGGCGUCAGCGUGCGGCCUAAGCGGGCGGGCAAUGUGUUCUAUGUCGUUCUCCGCCAUGGGCAUCUCAUGCUCUUCGACGACGACGAACAACUCGAAGUCCGGCAUGUGAUUUCCCUCGCGCAUCAUAACGUCAGUAUAUACUCUGGAGGUGAUAAAACACCAGAGGGAGAAUUAUUUAUAAAAAGGAAUGCGCUAUGUUUAUCGAGAAAGACGGACGGGAUCGAAGCGCCAGAUACCCAACUGUCGAAACCCUUCUACCUCUUUUGCGAAAACUGCUCGGCAAAAGAAGACUUUUACUUUGCAUUAUUGAAAAAUCAAGAGCAGGUUUUUGGCGCAACAAAAAAGGCUCCCGAGCCCCUACAGUUUGAUGUCAAGAAUAUCAUGUCGCUGGUACAGAGGCUGUACUCGACCGAGGAUCACAUGCAGACGAGAUGGCUCAAUGCUCUCAUUGGCCGUAUCUUUUUGGGUAUUCACAAGACCAAAGACAUCGAGAACUUUAUUCGCGAGAAAAUCACAAAGAAGAUCUCAAGGGUCAAGCGUCCCAGCAUCCUCUCCCGUAUAGCAAUACAGAAAAUCGACACGGGAGACUCGGCCCCUUUUAUCACGAACCCGCGCCUUAAGGACCUCACCGUCGAGGGCGAGUGGGGUAUGGAGGCCGACGUGAAAUAUACUGGCAACUUUCGCUUGGAAGUGGCGGCGACGGUCAAGAUUGAUCUCGGAUCUCGCUUCAAGACCAGAGAGGUUAACCUCGUUCUGGCUGUGGUAUUGAAAAGGCUCGAGGGCCACGUCUUCUUCAAGAUCAAACCUCCACCCAGCAAUCGCCUCUGGUUUUCGUUCCAGACAAUGCCAAAGAUGGAGAUGACGAUUGAACCUAUUGUGAGCUCACGACAAAUCACAUACACGGUAAUUCUACGUCAGAUAGAAAAUCGUAUCAAGGAAGUCGUUGCCGAGACUCUAGUCUUGCCCAUGUGGGACGACACACCGUUCUUCAAGACGGAACAUAAGCAUUGGCGCGGCGGUAUUUUCGAGGGCGACGAUGCUGUUGAGCACUCGGAGGACUACGAGGAGAUUGCCGCCAUGCUGGGCGAUGUCGAAGAGGUUUCACAGAUUGAGGAGACGGGCAUGCCAUCAUCCCCUGGUAUUGGGGAUUUCCCACCGAUUGAGAAGAGUCACAGCGUCCCAGCUUUGGAAACAACCCAGCCAGCUGGUUUCUGGAAUCGCAAGGCCAGCGUAAAGAAGUCUGCUCUGGCGCAUGCGAGUGCUACUUCGUCUUCAACCACGGCACUCGAUAGCGCAACUGGGUCACCAGCAGCUGAGGUACCACCUCGCCCUAUCCGGAGCGGCUCGUUUUCUGUUCCCAGUCCGACCAUCAGCACUUAUCCUACUCAUGCCGAUGCUCUCAUACCGUCUUCCACGCCCCCCGAUCGAGAUGAUGCGGCUAGCAUCAUGGCCAAUCUUGCUGCCCGAGCUCAGACGACAACACCCUCGACACAAACUCCACUAGGUACACCGACGAAGACAGCCUCAGCCAAGCAGUCACUAAAUGAUUUGUCCUCAAACGAGGCAUCAGAGGCUGAACAAUCUACUGAGCAGACGCCCACUGUCCCUCCACGUCGCGGUACAACAUCAUCUGUGGAAAGUAACAGUAGCGAAACGAGCUUCACAAACUCACCAAUUCCGUCGGUAAAAGGCUCAGUCAGAAGCAACACGGGCUCCAUUGGCAAGAAUUUCUUCGGACGUAGAGACACAACGCUAUCGACCGAUUCUGGUAAUACAAAUAACGAGCAAAAGCGCAACACCUUGGCGGCCGUGUCCAAAGCAGCAGCUACGGCGAAGCAGUGGGGAUGGAAUGCCAUUCAAAAACGUAAUGAACAGACGGCAAACGGACGCAAGCUCUCAGAUACGCCAGCAGUAGACCUGAACCAGCCGAUGGGACGUGGUCAACCACUCCCUCCGCCAGGCAUGCCGCUUCCAGGCCCAGACAGGAGGUCCAAGGUCACGCCUAUUGCCCCGAAGCGCAAGCCAAUCCCUCCUCCAGAAUUACCUUCUAGGAAUGGAUCAGCAACCACUGCCGAGCCGGGAUCCGAACGCCGCCCAGUGCCUGUUCCACCUUUGCCACGACGGAGGAGGGUAUCACAAGUGCACGGCGAUGACGGUCUAGAGGAACAUGUCCUGGUCGUAGAAGCGCCAGCAGACUCGGAGCCUAGCACGCCAUUACAGGAAGAGCAUGAACAGGGACACGAGACGACACCGUCUUAUAUGCAGCCAUGGAUCGAAGAUGAGGGGGAGCAAGACAGCUCUGGUAGCCAAUCAGCGCCCAGUGAAGGACUCGCUACCGAGACUGGGUCGCAAGAGCAAUUUGCUGCUAGCAACUCAACAUCAAAAGAGGUUCCCCGCAGUGAUGCUGCAGACAGUAGCACGGCGGAGGAUGAAGACGACUAUUCGAACUGGCUGGAUAAUAAACCCGAUUAUGCGGCGGAACGGCAGGAUGCAGCAAUCACAGCAGGUCAAACACAUUGA